GCAAGAGAGAUAAAGGAAGAUGUUCAGCCUGGACAGAUCAUGUAGCAGCAUCAUGCUGAUGUCCCAAGCUGGAGGAGCAGUUGGCAACUGUCAAAAUGUAACAUUCCAUCCUGGCUAACAACUGCUUUCAGUUCAGUUCAACAGUUCAACCACAUGGAGAAGCAAAACUACAGCAAGUUUUCCUGUUUCUGGGAGACAGAGCCCGUAGGCUGUAGGAGGAUAAGCUGUGACUUCUUUCACAGAAAACCCCGUAACAUAAAUGGACUUUAUUUGCCACCAAGUAACAAUGUCCCAUUAAAACAGGAUGUCCAAGGAGGGAUUCUGCAUCCAGUCCUUCGUCAAGACUCACUCAGAAAUCAAGAGAAUAUUUUAUUGCCAAUUCAUCCUCCACUGAUUAUAAACCUCGGUGAUGAAGAGGAUGAUGAAGAGGACGAUGGAGAGGAAGAGAACUGUGUUUCUAACUUGAGGCCCAAGACCACUGCAGAUAUUGAAGAGGAAAGAGCAAUAAGGGAUAUAUGCUAUAAAUCUGGAGAGUAUUAUGGAAUUCAGAACCCUCACAAAAACCAAUCAACAAAACCUGUGUCUUCACCUUGGCAAGAUGAGCUACUACCCUUGGAAGCUACUGAACAAAACUUACAGAAAGGUGAUGGUAACACAAUUCCUACAAAAUGUAAUAAUGCGAGAAAAGAGAAAGAGAGUUCAGAAAGGAGAGUACCAAUAGAGAGUACUCCCAGAAAAGAUCAUAAAUCCUUUGACAAUGGAGGAGGUGGUGGUUCUGGAACACAGAGGAGCACAUUUUUUGAUGGGACCAGAUUUGAGGCACCACUACCUUGGGAAAAAGAACGAAUUUCAUCCAAGUAUUCCAAUGUGAAAGAGACAAACCACACUGAGCUGGUAAAGAACCAUCGCUGUAAGGAAGUAAAAGAAAAUAAAUGCAUUUCUGAGGAGCCAAGAAAUUCAGCUAAUACAGUAACUGGCAAAGGAAUUCAGACUUUGGACCCCAAAGUAAAACCAAGGUACCAACAAAGGGGUCAAAGUAAGAAUGAUGAAACUGCUUCUUCCAGUCCUUAUGGGAAAGAAACUGGAAGAUACACUAAUUUAAAUUCUCCAGAACCUCGACGAUCAGCAUAUGUAGUCUAUCGUACAGUCACUCAAAAACCAAAGUUCAAUGGAUCUACAGCAGUACCUGAAUCAUAUGGUCAGAAAUGCUCAAAACAGAAGAAUCAGCCUGACAACAAUAGGAGAUUUUGGACACAAACAGAAAACUAUGGCAAAUAUACUUCAGGAUCUUCUAAUUCACCAACUUGGAGAAAAAGAAAUCCACAGGCAAAACCAAUCUCUAAGUUUAAAACAACCACUCAGCAGAGCCAAGAAGACAUGGAAGGCAAUAGAAAAGGAGAAAAAGAAAAAUCUAAAGGAAAAUAAGGAGAUUAUCAACUGGAAUACAAAAAGAUGAUGAACCUGCAAAUUCCAAAAAGAAGGUGUAGGAAUUACACUGUAAUGUUUCUAAGCUGGCUAAAAAAUUUAAAAAGUAUACUCUGCACAGUCACAUAUAAAGGUGUUUAAUAUAUUCACUAAGUUUAAUCCAUUGUGAAAAUUUGGCAGUUGAAGUUAUUUUUACAGAUUAUGGCUGUACACCAGAAGACUGACAGUAAUAGAUAUCCAUAGAGAGUAAAAAUAUCCCUAAGCAGUCUUCCCCUUUUUUAUUUGACAGAUCUUUAAAGGCAUAAUUCCUAAUAUGAAUAAAUACUAUUUACUUAGCAGUUUCAGAAGACUUUUGAUGUGGACAACAAUAGAAUGUAGCUGUUCUGGUGUAA